AUGCUACCGAAGAUGAAUGGAAGUGUAGCUCCAUGUGAUGACUUCUGGAAUUACGCAUGUGGCGGAUGGCUCAAGGACCAUGUGUUGCCUCCUGCAGCACGUAGUAAAUGGAAUCAAGAUGAGGAGAUUGCCUUCAGGAAUCGAGAGGCUAUUCGGUCCUUGGUCACAACAUUGCCACAUCCAACACGAGACAGUUCAAUUGAAUGGAAGAUGACUCGUCUGUAUGAAUCAUGCAUGGCUCUGGACACCAUUGAAUCUGACAAGUACACACCUCUGCGAAAAAUAAUUAAUCAGAUGGGAGGUUGGCAUGUACUACGUGAAUUCUCAAUUCACUCGUGGGACUAUCGACAAGCACUCCAGCAUUUACAUGCCCUAUAUGGUGUGUCUCCAUUCUUCAAAGUGACAGUAGUACCUGACCCAAGGGAUCCCAUAAAGUCAAUCAUACAGGUGAGCCCAGCUGGACUAGGGCUUCCAGAUCGCAGCUAUUACUACAGGCCAUCUGAUAGUUUGGCCUUAACAGCUUACAAGCAUCAUCUGCGAGAUGCUGUCAGUAACCUUGGUGCUACUACCACAGCUGCUGACCGCUUCAGUGAUGAAACCUUCCAUUUUGAGAAACGUAUUGCUGAAAUAACUCCAUCUCUUGUGGACUUGCAAGAUCCCACACAUGCUACCAUUGUGACAGUGCAGAAGCUGAAGAUACUGGCCCCUUCUAUUCCCUUUCAUGAUAUUUUGCUGGCCAUGUUUCCUAAAGCAAAUAUUGGGGACACAACAGAGGUGCUGAUGCCAUCAGAAACCUACAUCACCAAGGUAUCUUCUGUUCUGUCAACUACAGACAGAGAAUCAUUGAACAAUUACAUGAUGUGGGUGCUUGCUAUGCAUUACCUGCCAUAUCUGUCACAGGAAUUCAGAGAUACAGUCAACUAUUUCAGGAAAGAAAUGACAGGAGCAAAUGAGCCAUUGCAGAGGUGGGAGAUGUGUAUAGAAACGCUUCAGAGGUUUAUGGCAUUUGCUCUGGCAACAAUGCAGGAUCAAGCCAUGGCUGAAACUGACAGAAAUGCUGCUAUAAAUGUGGUGAAUGAAAUGUUUGACUCAACUCGCAAUCAAGUGAGGAAGAGGGUAGAACGAGCAGAAUGGAUUCCACCUGAACUACGAGCUUUACAACUGGAGAAGAUAGACACACUGGAUCUACAGGUUGGAUUUUCAUCACGUCUCCUAAGCAAAGAGUACAGGGAACGCUAUUAUUCAAAACUGUUUGUACAGAAAAAUGAUUUUUUCCAAAAUAUUCAAUAUGGCGUGGAGUUCUUGCGAGAAAUUCAGCAAGAACGUCUUGCUUCUCCUUCUGAAGAACACAGGUGGAUAGAUGCCUUGUCUGUUGGCAGCAGUCCAACUUACGUGACGUCGGCCAAUAAAGUGAUAGUACCCUUGCAUAUCUUGAUACCACCAGUCUUCCAUCCUGAAUAUCCCUUAUCUGUUCUUUAUGGAGGAGUGGGUGUUCAGCUGGCGACUGCCUUUGUAUCAGCUGUCCUUCCAUGGAAUGUUCUGUAUGGAGCUGAUGGGAAGCUUCUUCCUUCAGAUCAUGUGACAGUAAAUCAAUCGGCCCUUGCAUCCCAGGCCCCCAUAAAGUUCCUAAUAAAAGAUUUGGUCAAGUCAGGUCACAUUUCAGAGUCAGUGGCUAACAGAACAGCUCUUGCUACUAUGAAACAAAUUGCUGCCAUCAGACAGGCAUACUUGGCAAUGGUUGCAGCUUUAGCUGAACUGCCACACACCCACCAACCAGCAAUGGAGAAGUUUGAAAGUGAUGCAGUAUUUUUCCUCACACAAGCACAAACACUGUGUUCUGUAUCGACAGGGCAACAAGAUGACACCGAUGAAACCAUAAGCUUCCAGCUGAAAGGCUCUUUACUACUGAAGACUGUGCUUAGGCAGUUGAGGUCGUUUACAGAAGCUUUCUCCUGUCCUGCCAGUUCAGCAUACUAUUCAUCCAGUGUUUGUAAGGAAAUACUUUAAAGAGAGAGACUGCAGAGUGUCCUUCACACAUUAACUGUAUCCACUGUCUCUCAAACUGACAAUCAGGUGACUUAAUAAUACUCCUCUUUUUUCCAUGCAAGUAAGACUUUCAUAUUUUUCUGUAAAUAAUACAAAACUGAUAAAAAAUAUAAUUUUGCAUUAUGAUUGUAAUCUAAUAUCUCUUUUCCUGUUAAGGACUCAAAGUAGUGGGGACAAUGCAGUUUUUGGGUUCAAAGGUCAUUAUUUUUGUAAGAAACAAACUGGAGACUGGUGUGUGUGUGUGGAAACAUUUUAUUGAGAGAUUGAAUAUGUAAUUCUAGAAAUAUAAUCAUAUUUAUACUGUGAAGAUUGUGUGGGGAUCAGAUAAGGAAAAAUAUGGUUUAUGACAAUAACAGAUUUAUUGCAUGGUGUUGAAUGCCAGUUUAAAUAGCUUGGCUAAGUAUGUCCAGACCAAAUUACAGUGUUUUCCAUCAGAAAAACAAACAUUUAUA